AUGGCGUCGGGACGGAGGCGGGGCCAUUCAAGGAGCCGGGAACCCGGAAGCGGGCAAGUCGGUGGGUCUGGCCGAGGCCGACCAUGGCGACGGCGGCGGCGAGGUCGGGCCGAGGGGCGGAGCUCGUCCAGCUGAAUGUGGGCGGCCGAAGGUUCAGCACCUCGCGCCAGACCCUCACCUGGAUCCCAGAUUCCUUUUUUUCCAGCCUUCUCAGCGGCCGGAUAUCUACAUUGAAGGAUGAAACAGGUGCUAUCUUUAUUGACCGAGACCCUGAUGUCUUUGCCCCCAUCCUAAACUUUCUCCGGACCAAAGAGCUUGACAUCAGGAGGACUAACGUUUCGCUGCUCUUGCAUGAGGCGCAGUUCUAUGGGAUCACACCACUAGUGUGCCGCCUGCAGUUGCGUGAAGAGCUGGAACACUCAUCCUGCGGGAGUGUUCUUUUCAAUGGUUACUUGCCACCACCAGUGUUCCCUGCCAAGCGGUGGAACCGCCACAGUGUCACAGGUGUGCAGUUGGCUGUCCGGUUGGGGAACCUUUCAGAGCGGGCCCUUGUGCGCCGGAGCAACACCAUGCCCCCCAACCUUGGAAAUGCAGGGCUUCUGGGGCGGCUGCUGGAAGAGAGGGCCUCAGGAGCAGGAGGGACAAAUGACCCAGGCGUGGUGCGCCUUGUCUGUGGGCAUCAUAACUGGAUAGCAGUGGCCUUUGCCCAGUUCCUCGUCUGUUACAGGAUGAAGGAGACCUCUGGCUGGCAGUUGGUGUUCUGCAGCCCCCGGCUGGACUGGGUAAUCGAACUGGUGGCACUGAAUGCCCGGGUGCUUGGUGGCUCCCUGGGCGACAAUGACAAAAUGGUGGCUGCUGCGUCCUGUAGCGAGAUUCUCCUUUGGGCUCUCCAGCCAGAUGGGAACGGCACUGAGAUUGGUGUAUUCCACUUAGGAGUCCCCAUGGAAGGUCUGUUUUUUGUGGGAAGCCAGCUCAUUGCCGCCAGCCACACGGGCAAGAUUGGCGUGUGGAAUGCAGUCACCAAACACUGGCAGACUCAGGACAUGGUCCCAAUCAACAGCUAUGACGCGGCUGGCUCCUUCCUGCUCCUGGGGUGCAACAAUGGCUCCAUCUACUAUGUAGAUGUGCAGAAGUUCCCGCUGCGCAUGAAGGACAAUGACCUCCUGGUAACCGAACUGUAUCGUGACCCCUCUGAGGAUGCCAUCACCGCACUCAGCGUCUAUCUCCCGCCAAAGAGCAGUAACAGUGGCAACUGGAUUGAGAUUGCCUACGGCACCAGCUCCGGGCGGGUGCGUGUGAUUGUACAGCACCCGGAGACAGCGGGCUCUGGGCCUCAGCUCUUCCAGACCUUUGCUGUCCAUCGCAGCCCAGUCACCAAGGUGAUGCUCUCCGAGAGGCACCUCAUUUCAGUCUGUGCCGACAACAACCACGUCCGCACGUGGACAGUGACCCGGUUCCGUGGGAUGAUCUCCACGCAGCCUGGCUCUACCCCGCUUGCAUCCUUCAAGAUCUUAGCCCUGGAGUCUGUGGACGGGCAUGGAGGCUGCAACGCUGGCACAGACAUUGGCCCCUUUGGCGAGCGGGACGACCAGCAAGUCUUCCUCCAGAAGGUGGUGCCAGAUUCCAGCAAGCUCUACGUGCGCCUCUCCUCCACAGGCAAAAGGGUUUGCGAAGUGUGCUCUGUGGAUGGCUCGGCCAUCACUGCCUUCACAGUGCAAGAGUGUGAGGGGUCCAGCCGCAUCGGCUCCCGCCCCCGCCGCUACCUCUUCACCGGCCACAGCAAUGGCAGCCUCCAGAUGUGGGACCUCACCACUGCCAUGGAGAUUGUGGGGCAAGCAGCAGAUGCCGGUGGCCUCUCAGAGGAGGAACUUCUGCAGGAACUGGAGCAGUGUGACCUGGCUCUCACCCACCCCCUAGAGAUGAGGCCAGCCAGACCCUUCACCCCCACAAGUACUCCCUGGACUGCCAGCACCAGCAGUCUCCAGUUCCAAGAUGUUGACGGGACCCAAGAGAAGCCAGCGAAGGGCUCCUUGGCCCUGCCCUGCCGCUUCAGCCAUGAGAACCUGACUUCCUCCCCCCCUGACCCCCACUUGCAGCCAGGGGACCUUGACCGGCGGCGGCUGAGUGGGAACUUUGUCGAGCGAUGCCAGGAACUUGCCCGUUCAUCUGAGGGCCGGUGGGUUAGUGGCUCCAGGGAGCAGGGAGCCCAGGUCAGGCGUGGCAGGUGCCCUGUUGGUGCUGCAGCUCAAAGAGCCCCCAGCCUGAGCCCCGCCUCCCCUGAGCCCCCCCUCCCACUGGCUCCAUCCAAAUUGCGGCUCAGCGAAACCUCCUUCUGACUCUUGCCUGGCAAGGAGGCCUCUCUUGGGCCCAAGGGCUCCUGCCCAGCAUCUGUGCCAUGUGAGGAGUGCAGCGCUGGCCAUUAAGCCCCCCGCCCCAACUUGCUUGUGCUCCCCCUCCCAUGAGCCUCCUCUGCGUGGCUCUCGGUCUUCUCAGGGUCUCCUCGCUGCUCCUUGGGGCACGGGGUGCUUUUCUCCCGUGUGAGGAAUUUUGCACAAGUGCAGGUUGUCAUAGGUCUGCGCCAGCAUUCACAGGUGGUGACAUGCAGAGAUGUCCUCUGUGGAGAAAUCCUGGAGAGCUCCCCACACCCACGCUCCCUCUGAAAAGCCAAAGCUGUUUGUGAGCAAUAAGGCUGUUUGCGUGUGGCCUUUGCCGUGCUUAUAUUUUGUAUCAGUCCGAGACUGGCAAUAAUAAAUGUGAAAGGAGA